GACAAAGGAGCCACACACAUUCUGCAAGCCCAAUCUUCCACACAUUAUUCAACCUAAAGUGCACCUUUCUCUCACUCUCACUCUCUCACACACAUUAUUAACCCUAUAAUUGGAGGAAGAGAAGUGGGAGCUCACAGUAGACCAAAUUAAUGGAGUUCUUUUCUCCUCAACCAGAUCUAUCACUUCAGAUCAGGCCCCCAAACACCUCCACAGCAGGUUGGAGAAAGCAUAAUGAGGACAUGGACUUAGGGUUUCCAAGGAACCCCCUUGACUCUACCACCACCAUCAACAGAAACCCUAAUCUUAACACCUCCCAUCACAACCUUCAGUUCCAUCACCACCAACUACAUGCUAAUCAUGAUAUACCUCCUCUAACAGGAAUCCCAAUCUACCAUCACCCAUCUUCUUCUUCCUUAAUUGGUAAUCCGGUCAUGCCGCUUCAGCACUCUUCGUCUUCAUUUUCUGCUGAGCACAAUUUGGUAGGACAGCUGCGGUCGAGACACUCGACGGCCUCAAGGCUGGUGGCAAAGAGGAACAUGCGUGCACCGAGGAUGCGGUGGACUUCGAUGCUUCAUGCGCGGUUCGUCCAUGCAGUGGAGCUGCUAGGAGGCCAUGGGAGGGCCACUCCCAAGUCGGUUCUCGAGCUCAUGGAUGUGAAAGAUCUCACUCUGGCUCAUGUGAAAUCUCACUUACAGAUGUACAGAACUGUGAAAAACACUGACAAGCCAGAAGCUCCUUCAGUUCCAUCUGAUGGAUCAUUGGAAAUUUUCUCAAGAGGAGAGAAUUCUGAUGAUAACGAUCAUGUUCAUGGUGACAUGAGAUCAAGCAAUGCUAUCUCUUCAAGGAAAAACUGCUACAAUGGCAUGACAAGUGAUUCGGCUGCAGGGAGCAUGAAGCCUUUUGAGGAUUCGAUGGAACCAACAAAGAACUUGGAGAUGCUCGCAGAGUUGGAUUCGUCAAGCCUCUCCCAGACAAACCUAAACAAGCUGAAUCUUGAGAUCACACUGGGGAGGCCACACUGAAUAUACAUAUAUCUAUAUAUUUCCUAGUGGGCAUGCCAUAUAGCCCUUGAAAUUAAGUUGCUUAUUCUACUUUCAGUUCUUAGGAUAUCAUGACUCAUUGUCAUUUUUUACCUUUACAUAUGUAAAUCACAAUUCUUAGGCUGGUGUUCCUCAUGAAUUAUAUGGUAUGCUUCUGCUUUGAGGAUAAUAUAUAUACAAGAAUGGUAGCUUGCA